AUGGGACAUCCAGCAGAAGGCUCGUCUAGCUCAGAUGUCGCUCCGAAGACAAUCUCUCAGGGACCUCCUGUGCCCGCAGGUCCAGGCGGCCCGGGGGCCCCAGGGGCCCCAGGGCCCAACACGUUAUACAAGCCCAAGACUCUUCGGUUCUGGUUGACAUUGUUGGCCAACUUCCUUGCUGUCUUCCUUGUUGCCCUGGACCGAACCAUUGUCGCCACCGCAAUCCCUCAAAUCACGGAUGAAUAUCACAGCUUGGGGGACAUUGGCUGGUAUGGCUCCGCCUACAUGCUGACAACAUCGGCCUCGCAACUCCUCUUUGGCCGCCUGUUCAAGUUUUAUAAUACGAAAUGGGUGUUCUUGACUUCUGUUAUCAUCUUCGAGGUCGGCUCUGCCAUAUGCGGAGCUGCUCCUACCUCGCCGGUCUUUAUCUUUGGUCGGGCCAUAGCCGGCUUUGGAAGUGCCGGCAUCUUCUCAGGCGCCAUGAUGAUCAUGAUUCCUAUGAUCCCCCUGCCUAAGCGCCCAAUGUUCCAGAGCAUGUUCGGAAUGGUAUUUGGGAUCUCGUCCGUGUUGGGUCCCUUGAUUGGUGGUGCCUUCACCAGCACACUCACCUGGAGGUGGUGUUUCUAUAUCAACCUUCCAAUCGGGGGUUUCACGCUGAUUUUCAUGAUCUUCUUUUGGAACCCACCAACGCGCAAGACGGAGCCGGCUCCAGUCAUGGUUCAUAUUAAGCGGCUCGACCCCCUGGGCACAUUUUUCUUCAUUCCGUGCGUGGUCUGCCUGCUUCUCGCACUGCAAUGGGGCGGCGCGACGUACGCAUGGGCCAACUGGCGUGUCAUCCUGCUCUUUGUUCUCUUCGGCGUCCUCGGGCUGGCCUUCGCUGCUGUACAAAUCCUGAUGCCCGAGACUGCUUCUCUCCCACCAAGAAUCAUCAAGCAGCGCACCGUGCUCUUCGCAGUGUGGUUCACGUUCUUCAUCGCAGGCUCCAUGCUCAUGUUGGUCUACUAUCUUCCAAUCUGGUUCCAAACCGUGAUGCGCGUGAGUGCCCUCAACUCGGGUAUCUACACAUUGCCACUGGUGCUGUCCCUUGUGGCAUCGAGCUUGAUCAAUGGAGUGGCCACUCAGAAGAUAGGGUACUACGUUCCCUCCAUGUUGCUGUGUCCAUCCAUCAUGGCCAUCGGCGAAGGUCUACUGAGCACUCUUACUCGUGGUGCCCCCCAGAGCCACUGGGUUGGCUACCAAUUCCUGUCUGGCUUCGGUCUUGGCAUGGGCAUGCAGACGGGUAGCUUGGCCGUGCAGACCGUCCUGCCCAUGGCCGACGUGUCUAUGGGAAUUGCAUGCAUUUUCUUCGCCCAACAACUAGGGGGUGCCAUCUUCACGACCGUCGGGCAGACCAUCCUCAGCAACCUGCUCGUCUCACGGCUGGCAGGUGUCCCUGGGAUUGACCCAGCUCAGAUCGUGGAGAGCGGCGCGACGGAGCUGGCUGACGUCGUACCCGCCGAGGACUUGAAUAUUGUGCUCGAUGCGUACAACUACACCCUGACGAGGAUUUUCUUGGCCGCCAUGGGCCUUGCUUUCGCUGCACUACUUUGCGCUCUGGCCAUGGAGUGGAAGAGCAUCAAGAAGCCUGGAGCAGGCGCUGUUGCGGAUCCACCGAAGGAUGAGUCUGGCAACGUCUCAAGAUCAGAAGACACCGAGUUGGGGGUGGUUGGAGAGCGAAGGGCGAGUCAGCAGGGUAGUGGCAGGGCUGCGAACAAUUAG